UUCUUUUAAUAGGGUAUAUAUAACGCGAGCGCGAAUAAAAUUUUGGUAUCACAGUGCCAAGGUCUAUCGAAGAAAUUGUUUAUAGUUAUAAGAUGAAUCAUUGGAUACUCGUAUUCGCAGCAUUAGCUGCUUUGGCUUCGGCUGGCGACACGGGAAAGAAGAUCGUAUGUUACUUCGGUAGCUGGGCCGUUUACCGACCCCCUGGUGGGAAAUUUGACAUCUCUUACAUUCCACCGCAUCUUUGCACCCAUCUGAUUUAUACCUUUGUUGGCAUUAGUACGGACGGCGAGGUCCGAGUUUUGGACUCGUGGCAAGAUCUUCCCGACAAUUGGGGUAAGGACGGUUUUGGCAGAUUCAAUAAGCUUCGUGAGCAGAGCCCAGAGACUAAAACUCUUAUCGCAAUUGGUGGAUGGAACGAGGGAUCCGCCAAAUAUUCGACUGUCGUCAGCAAUCCGACUACUCGUGCGAAAUUUGUCAAGAAUGUUGUAGAGUUUGUUAAGAAACACAAUUUCGAUGGUUUCGACCUCGAUUGGGAGUACCCAAAUCAACGUGGUGGAAAACCGGAGGACGUACAAAACUACGUACAACUGACUAAGGAACUCAGAACCGAAUUUGAUAAACAUGGACUGCUUCUUACGGCUGCCGUUGCUGCUGCCGAGUCUUCCGCCUCUCUGUCCUACGAUAUUUCUGCCAUGUCCAAAUAUCUUGACUUUAUCAACGUUAUGGCGUACGAUUUGCACGGUGCCUGGGAGAAAACAACUGGUCUCAAUGCUCCACUUUACUCGCGUAAGGGCGAAUCUGGAAACGAUCUUAAGCUUAAUGUCGAUGCAUGUGUAAGCUACUGGUUGGAUAAAGGUUGUCCACCUGAAAAAUUGAUUCUUGGAGUGCCAUUCUAUGGUAGAGCCUUCACUCUCGCUGAUAAGAAUCAGAACGGUCUUGGAGCCCCUACCACCGGACCUGCUACUGCUGGUCCGUACACACGCGAAGGUGGAAUGCUUGGAUACAACGAAAUUUGCGAAUUCCUUAAGCAAGGUGGUUGGACCGUUGUUCGUCAUGAAGAACAUCGUAUUCCAUAUGCUUAUAAGGGUGAUCAGUGGGUUGGAUACGAUGAUGUAACUUCUCUUACUGAGAAAACCGCUUACAUCAACUCCAAGGGUCUCGGUGGCGCGAUGUUGUGGAGUAUUGAGACUGACGACUUUUUCGGCAAUUGUGGUGAAAAAUAUCCUCUGUUAAAAACAUUGAAUGCUGGAUUGAGGGGAGGAGAACCGCCUAAACCAACAAAGCAACCUCCGCAAACAACGCAAGCACCGCAAACGACGCAAGCACCGCAAACGACGCAACCACCGGUUACUGCACCUCCCAAGGGUAUUUGCAAAAAAGAUGGUUACGUCCGCGAUGAAGAAGAUUGCAGCAUAUUUUAUCUGUGCCAAAAUGUCAACGGUGAUUACAUCAUACAAAAAUUCAAUUGUCCAAGUGGAUUAGCUUUCGAUACCACAAUCAACGGUUGCAAUUAUAAACAUCUCGUCCCUGGAUGCGAUUAAUGAAUGAUGAUUUACAACGUCGAUAAUAAUGUUAUACACUUCUACGACGCCAUUUUUUAUUUGUUAUACAGCGCAAAACAUAAUAAAUGUGCUUUUAUAUUUCAUUAUAUGCCUUUUGUAAGUUAAAUAUAAUCAAAUAUAAGCUUGAUUUGU